AUGACCACCCUGACAGAUAGUUGUGGCGUGUUGCGGUUGUGGAAUCACUUUCCACGUUUCCAGGACAACCUGCUCAAAUUGAUCAGCACGACCCACCUGCUCGAAUACCUGGACGGUCGAGGCAUCGCGUACACGGAGCACUGCCAGCCGUCGCGAGUCGACGUCACCGAGUGCUUCGACGAAACGUCGGAGAAGGGCGGCCGUGUGCUGGACGCUCUCCUUCACAUCCUGAGGUUCAGAGAGACGGCCUCGUUUGAGCUGCAGGCGGAGGUCAUGAAUUGUCUGGCCAGUUGCUCCGAGAAGAGCGGGAGCCGGGUCUUCUUAACCAAUGACUGGGAUGCAGUCGUUGCGAGCAAGCCAGCCGAGUAG